UAUUCAGGCACAACGCAGGCAUUUGUUGUAUACCCACGUCUGAAGAUCCUCUUACGACUGAGUAGAUAUGGCUUUGUUCCUUGAUAGCGAAACAGUUUCGACUGCUAUGCUAGAAGAUGACAAGGAACUACAGAAUCCAUUGACAGAGAAGUUCACCGAGGCUGAGUGGAAGGCCUUAAAGGAAUUCCGCUCCAUCGUGCCAGAAGCCUUCAAGGAGGCAUUUCCAGAGCAGGAUGAUGCUGGGUUAACUUCGUACAAGUUGUGGGGCGUUACCAUCAACCCACUGAAACCCAGGGAUGCCCGCGUCAGCGUCCUAUUAAUGAAGUUCCUUCGUGCCAGGAAUCUCAAUUCUGCGGAGGCUAAGGACAUGUUCGUCUCUACUUUGCAAUGGCGCGAGUCUUUCAAGGUCGAUGAAGCUAUGAAGGAAAAGUUUCCCGAAGACAUAUUUGGAAAGCUUGGAAGAACAUAUGGAAAGGACAAGGACGGACAUCCCAUCGCGUACAAUCUAUACGGCGCCAAUAAGGAUCUGGACGCUGUCUUCAGUGAUACACAACGCUUUCUAAGAUGGCGUGUUGCUUUUAUGGAGGAAAGCAUAGCCCUGCUUGACUUUGAGACUGUUGACCAAAUGAUCCAGAUCCACGACUACGAAGGUGUAAGCAUGUCGAGUAGAACACAGGCCUCUAAGAAUGCAGCAUCCGAAGCAUCUAGUAUAUUUCAGAGCCACUAUCCCGAGUUCCUGGCGAAAAAGUUCUUUGUCAACGUGCCUAGCUUUCUAACUUGGAUUUUCUGGAUAUUCAAACCGUUCAUAGCAACUGCAACAGUGGCGAAGAUGAGUGUUAUUGGUUCUGGUCCCAACGUCAUCGGAACCGCUCUUCUACCUCUGAUUCCUGCCGACCAGUUGCCAAAGAGGUACGGCGGGGACGCUGACGGAUUCUGAUCGAAAGUGUAUGAAUGCGUGUACGAUUUGAAUGUGUUUCUGCAGUUGAAAAUCCUUGUGCACCUCGAUUCUCAACUACAUUGUGUAUCAUAUCUCAUAUAUCCCACUCAGAUCUUGACUCCAGUGUUUUUCAUUGAAAGC